AUGUCUGAUCCAAGCGCCAGCGCCAGCGCCGAACUCGAAUCCACACUCCGCAACCUGUCCAUAGGCGAAAAGGGCCCGGUGCGAGACAUCUCCCGACCAAACGUGAAAAAACUUCCAGCAGCAGCCGUGACCUCAAAGCCCAAGUCCAACCCUAAAAUACACCGCAAACCCGUCGCAGACUCCUGGGAAGACGAAGCAGACCUCUCUGCCUCGGAAAGCGAGGAAGCCGAAUCCCGCGACGAAUACGCUUCCCAGCUGCUCUCUCCAAGCAUCAGCGCUGAGGGACCGCUGGGUCCCCCGCCGACACCUAUCUCCCCGCAGACCUCCAACCCGUGGACGGCGAGAGCUGCUUCUCCUGCUUCGGCGAAGGGCCCCCCGACCCGUCGACCGGAGAAGCAGACUGCCGUUGCGGAGCGGUUGAUUGCCGGUGCGUUGGGGAUCCGCGCCCCGAAGCGGACAGAGCAGCAGCGCGCUUAUGACCGCUCGAUUAAGGAGCAGGAAAUCCGGAGGCGGAAUCGAGAGCGUGAAGAGAAGGCUAAGGCUAAGGAGGAGGAGGAGAAGAUGAAGGCUUCUAUUUGGAGCAGUUAG